AAUGUCUGAGAUUACUAUGUGCUGUAUAAUCGUUCUCGAAUUUUGUGUCUCCGCUCUUUGAAGCGAGCAGGAAAGAAUAGUGGUGGAGGGAAGUUUUACAUUGUAGAUUAUUUAUGAAUUACUCCAUGAAAUUCACAGUUCUGCACGGUCAGAAUUGCUCUACUCUGGGAGAUAAGAGAGAUGAGGAAACUAAGAUGGGCUAUGGAUGGGGCAGGGUUUUGGGAUUUGGAUGUCUCUACUCCCAAAACACUUGAUGGUUUGGCUUGUCCGGUUCCUGGAGACCCAAUUCCGUUGGGUAUAUCCAGAGGAACAAGGCUUUCAAGACCUAACCAAAUUGAUUUCAUUCAACGCUUCAUGCAUGCACCUCUUAUUCCGAGCUAUUCCAAACCUCAAGGCCUGAGUCUGCAGCGCGUGCUCACCAUCCCUUUUUCUGAUAGCUGGUUUGUAACUCUUCUAGGGCAGUUCAAUGUGCAGAGAUUUGUCGCCUCUGUCAAAAGCAGUGGAGAAUCACAUGGGUCUGUAUCGUCGUGGUUGAAAUCCCUUCAGAAACACCUACAGGAGAAAUCCUUAUAUGCCCUAAAUUUGUGCACAGAUUUCCUUUUAACGCCUGAUGACACUUUGCUUGUUGGAUUAGAUGCUUAUGGUUAUACCAAUAAACGGAGAAUCAAGACAGUUCUUCAUCACAAGUUUGCACAUCAUGACCUGAUGGUAGAGGCAGUUUGGCCUGGUCUUUUUGUUGAUAAGACUGGUAAUUACUGGGAUGUCCCGUUUUCAAUGGCAAUUGAUCUUGCUUCUUUAGCCACCAGUGACUCUGCUGCGAGUUAUCAUUUGUCUUUGCACCGAAAUAUCGGGACACCUGAGCAGUUUGAAAAUAAUCAAAAUCAAAGUAGUGGGCCACCUCCUACUCUACUUCCAGGAUUGGCCAUCAAGAGUGCCUUUUCUUACAAGAAGAAGGUUGACAUUUGGAGAAGCACAGCUCGAAUGUUGAAAUUGGUGCAGCCAUAUGACUUUUUUCUUUCAAACCCUCAUGUAUCUGCCACAGGAAUUAUUGGUGUGGCUGCGACCACCUCUGUGGGAGAGAAUUCAGUAAGAGCGCUAGUGGAAGAUGAUAGACAAGGUUCCAGAGGAUUUUAUCUCGAGGCUUAUGGAAUGAAGGCCUCCUGUCUGGCAGAUAUAUUUGCAUCCGUUUCGUUUGCGGCUCAAUAUGGAAACUUCCAAAGGCUUUUUCUAGACCUUUCCAGAUUUCAGGCCCGGCUGGACUUCCCUUCUGGUUUGAAAUUUCUUUCAGCUGCAACAAGUGUUACACAAGAUCUUCUCAAUUCUCAGAGGCCCACCUUGGAAGCUGUUCAGGCAAUUUGUCCAGAUGCUACCUUUUCUCUUCAGCAGCAGUGUAUCGUGCAGAUUGUUGGUCCUCUCAGUUUCAGAGUUGAUUCAGGAGUUACGGUUGAUCUGAAGAACCCAAAAUGUCCUAUACAAGCGCAGGAACCCAUACUUGCUUUUGAAUAUGCAUUGCAAGUCCUUGGUUCUGCAAAAGCAGUAGCUUGGUAUUCCCCUUAUCGCCAAGAGUUUAUGGCAGAACUUCGUUUCUUUGAGACAUAAGCCAUAGGCAAUCUUUUGAGUUAGAAAUAUGUAUGUUCCGCGAUUUUAAAAAAUGGUUUGGUCAUGGAAGUAAUUUAUUGAGUCAUCCCAUUAAAAU